AUGCAAACUGCAAAUCUAAACCUUUUUUAUCCACCAAUUUCUAAAGAAAUAAUGGAUUUAAAAUUAAAAGUCGAUAUUGAUACGCUCGAUACAAGUUCAAGAAAUAACAAUAUAUCAAAUCAACCCGAAAUAAUCGUGCUAUCCGAUUCAGACAAUGAGCCAGUGCUAGAUUUACAAAUUUCUAGCAGCUCUGAAAGUGAAUAUUGUAGCAAUAAUAGCUUAAACGAUUGUGUAUCUAUGGAUAAUUUAAAUGAUAAUGAUAUAAUUGGAAAUAUUGAAUAUUAUUUUGAAUUUCAGGAAUAUCCAAAGACUUCUUUAAUGGGUGUAGCAAGUGUUUAUAAUGUUUUAGGCUGGAAUCAUAAUGAUGCUAAAAAAAUGGUUGGAAUUUCCAAUAUCCAGUAUGCUCAUGAAGAUCCUAAAAAUAUUCGAUCUAUUAAAAAAUGUCUGUUCUUAGGUGUACCAGUUCAAAAAACUUAUCGAUCAUGUCAUAGUGUAAAA